AUUUGCUCUGGUGUUUCUGGUGAGGACAAGCAAUGGGAUAAAAUGUGCCUUGAAACGCAUGUUUGUCAACAAUGAGCAUGAUCUCCAGGUGUGCAAGAGGGAAAUCCAGAUCAUGAGGGAUCUGUCAGGGCACAAGAACAUUGUGGGUUACAUUGACUCUAGUAUCAACAAUGUGAGUAGCGGCGAUGUAUGGGAAGUUCUCAUUCUGAUGGACUUCUGUAGAGGAGGCCAGGUAGUAAACCUGAUGAACCAGCGCCUGCAAACAGGCUUUACAGAGAAUGAAGUGCUCCAGAUAUUCUGUGAUACCUGUGAAGCUGUUGCCCGCCUGCAUCAAUGCAAAACUCCUAUUAUCCACCGUGACUUGAAGGUUGAGAAUAUCCUCUUGCAUGACAGAGGCCACUAUGUCCUGUGUGACUUUGGAAGUGCUACAAACAAAUUUCAGAAUCCACAAACUGAGGGAGUGAAUGCAGUAGAAGAUGAGAUUAAGAAAUACACAACACUAUCCUAUCGAGCACCAGAAAUGGUCAACUUGUACAGUGGCAAAAUCAUCACUACGAAGGCAGACAUUUGGGCUCUUGGAUGCUUGUUGUAUAAAUUAUGCUACUUUACUUUGCCAUUUGGGGAGAGUCAGGUGGCAAUUUGUGAUGGAAACUUCACAAUUCCUGAUAACUCUCGAUAUUCUCAAGACAUGCACUGCCUUAUUAGGUAUAUGUUGGAGCCAGACCCUGACAAGAGGCCAGAUAUUUACCAGGUCUCCUACUUCUCCUUUAAACUACUCAAGAAAGAAUGCCCAAUUCCGAAUGUACAGAACUCUCCUAUUCCUGCAAAACUUCCUGAACCAGUGAAAGCCAGUGAGGCAGCUGCAAAAAAGACUCAGCCAAAGGCCAGACUGACAGAUCCCAUUCCCACCACAGAGACUUCGAUUGCACCCCGCCAGAGGCCUAAAGCUGGGCAAACUCAGCCGAACCCAGGAAUUCUUCCCAUUCAACCCGCCCUGACACCUCGGAAGAGGGCCACAGUUCAGCCCCUACCUCAGGCUACAGGACCCAGCAGUCAGCCUGGCCUUUUGGCCAGUGUUCCCCAGUCAAAACCUCAAACCCCAUCCAGUCAGCCUUUGCCACAAACUCAGCCCAAGCAGCCACAAGCUCCACCCACCCCACAGCAGAUGCCUUCCACCCAGGCCCAGGGUCUGCCUACUCAGGCCCAGGCCACACCCCAGCACCAGCAGCAGCUCUUCCUCAAGCAGCAACAACAGCAGCAGCAGCAGCAGCCUCAGCCGCAGCAGCAGCCACCACCACAGCAGCCAGCAGGCACAUUUUUCCAGCAGCAACAGCAACAGCAGCAGCAGCAGCAUCCACAGCAGGCCCAAACUCAGCAGUUUCAGACAGUACACCCAGCAACCCCGCAGCCAGCGAUCUCUCAGUUCCCUGUGGCAACCCAGGGAGGCUCUCAACAGCAGCUGAUACAGAACUUCUACCAGCAGCAGCAGCAGCAGCAACUGACCACAGCGCUGCAUCCCCAGCAGUUGAUGACUCAGCAGGCGGCCCUGCAGCAGAAGACCGCUGUGGUGGCACCGCAGCCCCAAUCACAGCCAGCUGCAGCUGCACAACCGGCCCCUGCCCAGGAGCCCAUGCAGAUUCAAGCCCCAGUAAGACAACAGCCAAAGGUUCAGACAACCCCACCUCCUACCCUCCAGGGGCAGAAAGUUGGAUCUCUCACUCCUCCAUCAUCCCCCAAAACCCAGCGUACUGGACACAGGCGGAUUCUCAGUGAUGUAACCCACAGUGCAGUCUUUGGGGUCCCUGCCAGCAAAUCAACCCAGCUGCUCCAGGCAGCUGCAGCUGAGGCCAGUCUCAAUAAGUCCAAGUCUGCAACCACCACCCCAUCAGGUUCUCCUCGGACCUCCCAACAAAAUGUCUAUAAUCCUUCAGAAGGUUCUACAUGGAAUCCCUUUGAUGAUGACAAUUUCUCCAAACUCACAGCCGAAGAACUCCUAAACAAGGACUUUGCCAAGCUGGGGGAAGGCAAACAUCCUGAAAAGCUUGGUGGCUCAGCAGAGAGUUUGAUCCCAGGCUUCCAGUCAGCCCAAGGUGAUGCCUUUGCCACUUCCUCAUUUUCUACUGGAACUGCUGAAAAAAGGAAGGGUGGGCAGGCUGUGGAUUCUGGCGUGUCACUUCUGAGCGUUUCUGAUCCUUUCAUUCCUCUUCAAGUACCUGAUGCACCAGAUCCCUUUGGUAGCACUUCUGAAGCUGUAAUUGAAAAAGCUGAUGUUGCUGUUGAAAGUCUCAUACCGGGACUGGAGCCCCCUGUUGCUCAGCGCCUCCCAUCUCAGACGGAGUCUGUGACCUCAAACCGCACAGAUUCUCUCACUGGGGAAGAUUCUCUGCUUGACUGCUCUUUGCUUUCUAACCCUACUGCUGACCUUCUGGAAGAGUUUGCCCCCAUAGCAAUUUCUGCUCCAGCCCACAAAGCUGCAGAAGAUAGUAAUCUCAUCUCAGGUUUUGAUGUCCCUGAGGGCUCGGAAAAGGUGGCAGAAGAUGAGUUUGACCCUAUUCCUGUAUUGAUUACCAAAAACCCACAAGGUCUCCAGAGAGAGCCCAAUCCCUGUCCUGUAAUUACUGUAGAGCACUUUAAAGAAUCAGCGGGUGUUAAAGGCCUUCCCCUGUAUCCAGACCCUUCCAGAGAGCCUGAUGCAAAGACUCAGAACAACUUAGAAUCUGACUACUUGGCCCGAGAUGGCCCUUCUAGCAACAGCUCUUUCCACAGCAGUGAAGAGGAAGGGACUGACCUGGAGGGAGACAUGCUGGAUUGCAGUGGGUCUCGACCUCUCCUUAUGGAGUCUGAAGAGGAAGACGAAAGCUGUAGGCCUCCCCAGGGGAAGCUGGGAGGAGCCAUUCCAUUUGUUCCACUUGAAGUCUCUACUGAGCAAGCAAAAGCAGUGCAAGAUGGGAGAAAGAAUCAGUUCCAGCCCCUCACACAGCCAGCCACUGAUGGUCGCGGUGAACCAGAUGUUUUUGCCACAGCUCCCUUCAGGAGCUCAAGGGUUCCAAUUGAUGACAUGGACAUUUUCUCCAAAGCUCCAUUUGUCUCUAAGGCCAACGUGGUUCCUUCUCAGUCCGAGGAGGUGGACGUGUUCUUGAGAGCUCCUUUUACCAAGAAGAAAAGCAUGGAGGAGUUACCAGUUGUUCAGGGUUCCUCCCAGGAGCUGCCUGCACAGGCAGGUCUCCUUGGUCAGACAGGUGAUGUCCCUAUGCUCUCGGGCCUUGAUAGAGCAGCAUACACCUCUGUCCAAGCUCAGUAUUCCAUAGCUGGUUUUGUGCAACAGUCCAACCUCCCUUCCCAUUCUGUACAAGCAGCAGACCAUCUUGACAGCAUCUCUCCCAGAGGAUCCUCCAUGGAAUCAGGGGGCCAUCCUAAUGACAGAAACAAAGGACCUCAGCCCCAGAAAGAAGCUGUCUCAGGCCCUGUAGCUGGUAAACCAUUCCGCCCCCAGUCUUUAUCCAAAUAUUCCCGUCACUAUAGCCCAGAAGAUGCCAAGUCAGAAGCUCAGCCCAUUGCUGCCUACAAAAUUGUUUCACAAACCAAUAAGCAGUCAAUAGCUGGCUCUGUUUCCAUCACAUCCCUUUCUUCCAGGACUACAGAGCUGCCCACUGCUGAUCCUUUUGCUUUAGCACCCUUUCCUUCUAAAACAGGCAAGCAGAAACCUUAGGAACAGUACCUGAGCCUGAGCCCUGACUCCACCCAACCCCACCGGUAUCUACCAUACCGCUCCCAGCUGAGCCUUCUCAAGAAGAAAUAGUAUCAAUUGUUGUGUUUCAGUCCCCUGCAUCAGAGCAGUCUCUUCAAGUCAACAAACUCAGUUGUAGUGAUACUUAGUUGAAACCCCUUUUAAGUUAUGUUUAUUUCUUUUGUUUGUAUUGAUUUCUGGACUUUUAGGCACUCCCAUUUUCUUCCUAGAGGCCUUCCGCCUCCACUCUGCUUUUUUCCUUUUGUCCAGAAACUUUUAAUCCAGGAAUAUUUUACCCCACUUCCCGGGGGCCAUAUUUUUGGUGGUUUUAAUUCCUGAAGCUCCUGUUCAGAGUUAUGGCCAUUGAAGAGUCAAGAUUAAUCCUUUGGGACUUGAUUUAAUACUCUUGAAAUGGGGAGAUGUCUAGAAAGAAGAGCAAGAUAAAAUCCUGCACAUCAAGAAGUAUAAUCCUACAGCUACUAAUCAUUCCUAUAGAACCAACAGCUCUGGAAGGGUUCUGUGGAUCUGUUUCCAAGUCUGUGUACAAGCCAGGCCAGCCCCUGUGCAUGAGUGGCUGUGGGUUUGUGAUAUGCGUCAGAUCCUUUCCUAUGUAGAAAUGCACACAAAAGGGAGAACUGCACUCAUGUCCAAUCAUGUGGGUAGGGCUUUCCCCACAUCCAUGCUUUUUAAAAUUAGUAUGGAUGCACAAGUGUGUAUGUGUGUAUGUGUGUAUGUGUGCAGGAAAUCAUUUUUCCUUUAGGUAAAUCCUAUCCCACCAUGCCUACCUCCACUAUUGAAUCAUUCAUUUGUUGACAUUUGCCUGCUGACCUAACUGACUUGAACCCUGUUUUUAAUCUCAUGGCAAAAUUGAAUUCAUUGGAAAGUAUAGGGAAAUCUUGCUGGAUUCAGAGUGAUUUUUUUCCCUCAGAAUUUGUUCUUUGCUAUUAACAAAUUCCAUUUACCUAAUUAUGAAAAAUUCUCCCCAUGUGUUUUUCCCUCAGAAAAUAGAAAAAGAAUACCUUUUAUAAUGCCAGCCACUUGGUACUUGGAGUCAGUGCCACCAUUUUGAAGUUCAUUAACCAUGAGACUAGACUAGAGAGUAGGGUUGCUUAUUUGUUUUCCCAAAUCUUUGCUACAUUUCUCUACUGAAGAAAUAUGAAUCCGAGACACAUAAAAAACUGGGAGAAUGAAAAAGACCUGAGUCAGCUAGCCAUGAAAACCCUUAAAUUGUGUAUCCUCUUUAGAUGUUAAAGGAGCAGACAGGUGACUGCCCUGUGUUUUGGAAAGUGUCUUAUUUCUGGGAAGAUCUGACUCAUUCCUAGCUUUUUUCACACUCUUUAUUUUUAGUGCCUUAAAAUAAAACCUCCAUCUCUCUGGGAAGACUUCCGCUGAGGAGGUUCGGUUGCUUGGAAAGUCGCUGCGUAAGUUUCACCCUGACAGCUUCCUGUGACCUGUAGCAGUGUUAGUCCUUUCUCCCAGCUGGAGAGGUUUGGAAAGCUGUGCACCAAACCAGAUUAGUGAUUUUAAAUGAUUGGAAAUCCACCCAAGAAUCAAGCCUAAACACCAAGCUUUACUGCAGUUGAUUAGGUGUGCUAUUCUUUAAAUUUAAAAUUCAGGGGGCUCAGGGUAUAACUCAGCUAUCGAGUACAUGCUUAGCAUGCAUGAGGCCCUGGGUUUAAUCCCCAUCAUCCAAAAAUAAAAUUCAGGGAUCUUGAUAGUACAAUAAAAGCAGCUGCUUUUCCACACUUUUUGGUUACUCUCCCCCUAUUGCAAAUGUCCAGUAAAUAGGUAAAAUUAAAUAGUUGGCACUGGGUCAGGGCUACUGCAGUGGUUUUCCAACCGAGGUCUCAGCCAUGCCAGAAAUCUGUCUUUCAUGUAGGUGGAUUCUAAAUGUUCAUUCUAAGAAUUGACUUUCUCCUAAUAUUUUUUAUUUUGGGGCAGUACUGGGGUUUGACCUCAGGGUCUCAUGUUAGCUAAGCAAGCACUCUACCACUUGAUUUUUCUAAGUAUCAGUGGAUGCAAGAUUAUCUUUCCAUUGAGUGAAUAGUUUUGGCUAAUGCACAUGGAACUUUGCAAUCUAGCUCUUCCCAAUCUUACCAAGUGAACCCCUCAAAGGCAUAAGUGAAGAGGAUUAGGAACAUUCAGAGAGAGUUCUCACCUGAAAUCACAGUGCUUGCAGGCUGAUAGCACACAGCUGUAUUCCCAGCUACUUGGAAGGCUGAGGCAGGAGGACUGCUUGAACCCAGGAUUUUAAGACCAGCUAGACAAUGCAGAGAAACCCAUCUCUUAAAAAGAGAAGAAACAAAAAUAAGAGGUCACCAAGCAUGGUGGUGCAUACCUGUAAUCUCAGCACUGACAGGCUGAGGCAGAAGGAGUUUGA